GGCGGGCAGCGGGUGUGCUGGGACCCAGAAAGAGCCAAAAAGUGCCCAGCAGAGAUGGCUGGAGCGAAAGGGAGACUUGGGGCCAAGGAGCUGGAAGUAGGGGACCCAGAAAUGAGGCCUUGAAGCCAUGCAGCAUGACACAGACAAAGCAAGGUGGCUGUCCCAGGAGGCGGUGACCACGCAGCCUGCAGGCGGGAGAGGCGCUGAGCCCUCCUGUGUUCCGUGAGGUGGUGAAAAUAACUUGGUGAUUGAGUUCUUUCUCCUGGCGGCUCCGGCCCCGCGCCAAGUGUUUUUCUCAGGGUCGUCUUGUUUCAUCCUCACCACAACCCUGAGAAGAGGAUGCUGUUCUUAUCCCUCCUUCACAGAUGGGGAGACUGAUGCUCAGAAAGUAACCUGUCCAAGGUCACCAGGCUGGUGAACAGCAAGUUGGCGCGAUGGUGGUGGGGCUGGGAACCUGGAGCCUGGCCAGAGCUGCCCUGAUCAUCCUACUGCUCCCCAGAAGCCUGGAGGAGUGUGGGCGCAUCAGCGUCUCAGCCCCCAUCGUCCACCUGGGAGAUGCCAUCACGGCCUCCUGCAUCAUCAACAAGACCUGCAGCCACCUGGAUCCAGAGUCACAGAUUGUGUGGAAAUUGGGGACAGAGCUUCAUCCCGGGGGGAGGCAGCAGCGCUUGCCAGAUGGGACCCAGGAAUCCACCAUCACCUUGCCCCACCUCAACGACUCUCGGGCCCUUCUCUCCUGCUGUCUGCGCUGGGGCAACAGCCUGCAGAUCCUGGACCAGGCUGAGCUGCAGGCAGGCUACCCUCCCGCCACGCCCCACAACCUGUCCUGCCUCAUGAACCUCACCAUCGAGAGCCUCAUCUGCCAGUGGGAGCCAGGACCUGACACCCACCUGCCUACCAACUUCACCCUAAAAAGCUUCAAGAGCCGGGGCAACUGCCAGGACCAGGAGGAAGCCAUCCCCGACUGCGUGCCUGAGGACGGGCAGAGCCGCUGCUCCAUCCCACGCAAACACCUGCGGCUCUACCAGAGUAUGGGCCUCUGGGUGCAGGCAGAGAACGUGCUGGGGACCAGCGUGUCCCCGCCGCUGUGCCUGGAUCCCAUGGACGUUGUAAAACUGGAGCCCCCCACCCUGUGGGCCCUGGACCCCAGCCCUGAGGUGGCCCCACCCCAGCCAGGCUGCCUGCAGUUGCACUGGGAGUCAUGGAAGCCAACCCUGUACAUAGACCAGAAGUGUGAGCUGCGCCACCAGCCACAGCCUGGAGGAGCCGCCUGGACCCUGGUGGGCCCCCUGCCCUCCAAGACCCUUCAGCAUGAGCUCUGCGGGCUCCUCCCAUCCACAGCCUACUCCCUGCAGAUGCGCUGCACCCGCUGGCCCCUGCCUGGCCACUGGAGCGACUGGAGCCCCAGCCUGGAGCUGACCAGCGCGCAACAGGCCCCCAAUGUCAGACUGGACACGUGGUGGCGGCAGAGGCAGCUGGACCGCAGGACAGUGGACAUGCAGCUAUUCUGGAAGCCAAUGCCCGUGGAGGAAGACAGCGGGCAGAUCCAAGGGUACCUUGUCUCCUGGAGACCCUCGGGCCAGGCUGGAGCAGUCCCACCCCUCUGCAACACCACCGAGCUAAACUGCACCUUCCACUUGCCUUCGGAAGUCCGGGAGGUGGUCCUUGUGGCCUACAACACCGCCGGGACCUCCCGCCCCACCUCUGUGGUCUUCUUGGAGAGCACAGGUCCACCGCUGGGCAGACUCCAUACCAUGGCCCGAGACCCUCACAACCUCUGGGUGGGCUGGGAACCCCCCAGCCCUCGGCCUCGGGGCUAUGUGAUUGAAUGGGGCCCGGGUCCCCCCAGCCCCAGCGGCAGCCAUAUGACUUGGAAAAUGGAGCAUAAUGGAAGCAUUGCAGGGACCCUGCUACAAGAGAACAUCAGGCCCUUCCAGCUCUAUGAGAUCACUGUGACCGCCCUGUACCAAGACACCGUGGGACCCUCCCAGCGCAUCUACGCCUACUCCCAAGAGACGGCCCCCUCCUACACCCCGGAGCUGCAUCUAAAGCACAUUGGCAAGACCUGGGCCCAGCUGGAGUGGGUGCCCCCAACCCCUGAGCUGGGGAGGAGCCCUCUUACCCACUACACCAUCUUCUGGACCAAUGCUCAGGGCCAGUCCUUCUCCACCAUCCUUAAUGCUUCCUCCCAUGAGUUUGUCCUCCCCGGCCUGGAGCCUGCCAGCUUGUACCACGUCCACCUCAUGGCUGCCAGUCAGGUGGGGGCCACCAACAGUACAAGCCUCACCCUGAUGACCUUAGCUCCAGGGGAGUUCGAGCUGCGCAUCUUCCUGGGCCUGUUCGGCCUCCUGCUCUCGCUCAUCUGCCUCUGUGGGGCUACCCGGUUCUGCUGCAGACCCAGGAAGAAUUCCCUCUGGCCAAGUGUCCCAGACCCAGCCCACAGCAGCCUGGGCUCCUGGGUGCCUAGCAUCCCUGCGGAGGAGAUCUUCCAGCUGCCCAGCCUUUGGGACACCAACAUGCCACCCAUCACCAAGAUCACGGUGCUGGAGGAGGAAGAAAAGAAGCCUGGGCCCUGGGAGUCCCAUGAGAGCUCAGGAACCUGUGGCCUUCCCGCCCUGGUCCAGGACUAUGUGCUCCAGGGGGACCCAAGAGCAUCUACUAUCCAGCCCCAGGCCCAGUCAGGCAACAGUGACCAGGUCCUUUACGGACAAGUGAUGGGCAGCCCCUCCCGCUCAGGACCAGCGGACUACAUCCGCUGCGACUCCACUCAGCCCCUCUUGGGGGGCCUCACCCCGAGCCCCAAGUCCUAUGAGAACCUCUGGUUCCAGACCAGCCCACAAAGGACCCCAGAGCCUCUAGGCCCCAACCAGGAGGAUGACUGCGUCUUUGGGCCACUGCUUGACUUCCCCCUCCUGCAGGGGCUCCAGGUCCAUGGGGUAGAAGGGCUAGGGGGCUUCUAGGGCUUCCUGGGAUGCCCCCGCUGGGUCUGCCUCUUGAAAGGCUGGGGCCAUCAGAGAGGAGGCGAGGGUCAGAAGGCCCGUCACUAAAAAACCACCCUGCCCCAGGACAGACAGGAAGGCUCCCGGUUUCCCACUGUCUGAGGCCCCCAGCACCCCUCCCCAUGUGCCUAGUACCCAUGGGCUGGGCCCUCCCACUGCCAAGGUCAGGAACGGCUUCCCCCAGCCUGUCCACUACAGUGCCUUCUGUACUUAUUUCGUCAUUUCCAUCUCUUAAACUGGUCUAUGGUUCCAUUUGACUUGGCUUUAUUUUAAGAAACUCUUCUGUGUGCCUGAGUCUCUGUUCUUUUCCUUUUCAGGACCCUGGCAUUUGGGGGCGGGGUCUGUGCCUCUCAGAAUUGUCGGUUGGUUGAUUUUUUUCCUUCAUUCAUUCAACCAGAACCCUACUGGCAGCAGGGACUCAAGAAGGCCUUGGCUUAGUAGUCCAUUCUCAGAGAGCUCCAUUUUAGUGGAGAGUCGAAAACUGACCACGAGGACCCAGUGGCCAGGGUUACCUGGAGGGAGUCACAGAGUGCAACAUAGGAAUACAGACCUCAGAAAAAAGUAACUUCUGUUGGGGAAAUAUAAUUCAAAACAAAAUCUCCCGCCAACCCAGAAAAACUUCUCUACAAA